GCCACAGCUAGCGCCUCCUUCCUUCGCCCCGCCCCUUCCUUCCUUGCGAGACACGCCCCUUCCGGGCUACAGUUGUUGGCCCGCUUUAAAAAAAAAACAACCAAAAACAACCUGUCAGAGGAAGUGGUACGCGUGCGCAAAAGAAGGACGGGCGUGAGGGAACUCCGGAACGUUUGUUGUUGCAGAGCUAUCCCAAACCAUAGAGAUUAGCGUUGGAGGAGAGCCGCUUAGAAUGGCCGCAGUUGAAGGAGAAUGGCCGCGCUAAUCGUUAGACGCGUCUUGUCUCGCCCUCUCUGCAUUCUCCCCGUGGCAAGGCGCGGCUAUCGUGGGGAUUCACCGUCGGACUCUGGCCGCGACCUGCUGGAGAUUCCGCUGCCGCCGUGGCAGUAUAGGCCGCAAGAGCCCUUGGAGACUAAGCGCGCCAGAUUGUUGUAUGAGAGUCGCAAGAGGGGCAUGCUGGAGAACUGUCUUCUGCUCAGUUUCUUUGCCAAAGAAAACCUGAACAGAAUGAAUGAACAACAGCUGGACUUUUAUGAUCGCCUGAUUAACGAGCCUAGUAAUGACUGGGAUAUCUACUAUUGGGCAACAGAAGCAAAGCCAGUUCCAGAAGUCUUUCAGAAUGAAGUCAUGGAGAUGCUUAGGGAGUUCACCAAAAACAGGAACAGAGAGCAAAGGCUGCAACAGCCAGACUUGGAGUAACUGAAGCUCCACACUGAUGUGGAACUUGUGUGGCAUUCUUCUGAUUAUGGAUGUGAUUUGCAGAACCAUAAAUGUUGGCGUUUGUAUCUCUCUGUAAAUGUUUCAUGCUGAAUCCUAAUCUUGUAAAUUCUCCCAUUGAAGAGUAGUCAAUAUAGACAAUUUCCAUCCCAUAAUAAAGAGGAGAAUAAUUGAGAAAA